AUGCCGUCCACGAACAAAUGGACCCUCGAAGAGGUCGCCAUUAACUCGGCACACCUUGAGGACUUCUUUCACCGUGAUCGCGUGCGCCUGCCAUACGAUCUGUCGACAACCGUCACGAUGACCGCCGAGACGUGUCAACACUUAAAAGAAUGGGCUGAGUCCCCCUCGUGGAGCCUACUCUGGAUCGAGGGCCCUCACAUCGAAGCUGACGACAUGGAAAACAUGGUGACCCAGAUAGCUGCCGAGUUCAUCGGCUUGGCAUCGGAGUGCGGUGUCCCACUUAUGUCAUACUUUUGCGAGUUACGCCGUGGCGAACUUCUCCGUUCGGGUCACUCGCGCGAGACCCAGGGAGCAAUUGCUGUGGCAUCUGCGCUGCUACGACAAAUGGUUGAGCUCCUCCUACCACGCUUUGAGGCCGAGUUCGACUUCUCAAAAGCCCGGUUUAGUCAGCUCGAUGGAACGCUCGAAUCGUGGGACGAAUGCAUGGCAGUGAUGCGGGAACUGACAGAGUUGCUGCCAGAUGUGGUGUUUUGUGUUAUCGACGGGUUGCAUUGGCUCGAUGACACUAGCACCAACAAGUACUUGAAGGAGUUGAUACAUUUGCUGAGAGGUGACAAGCUUAAAGUUUUGUUCACGACAUCAGGCAGGUCUGCUUGCUUGCGAGACGAGUUGUCCUCCAAAGAGACGUUGGUUCUACCGACGUGUUAG